GCGAUGUCUCCCCCUGCUGUCUAGACCCCAUCAGCGGGCGCAUAGCGGCUGCAUCAAGCACAAGUCGUAUAAGAAUCCACAUCCCUUUCUCUUCCUCGUUAUGGCGCCUUACUGGAUCGCCCAGGUCGACGCCCCGGCGGCGCUUUCGCUCUUAGGCUUUGUGUUAAUCACGAUACCUCUCCUUUGGCAGCUAAAAUCAUGGAACAUCGGAUGCAUUUUAUACAUUUUCUGGAUCGGAGGCGUGUGCUUGGCUAAUGGGAUCAACAUGCUCCUUUGGAGAACGAAUGCGAUCAACUUCGCCCCUGUCUGGUGCGAUAUAUACAUCCGCUUCUAUAUUGCGAGCGGUAUAGGCGUUGUCUCCUCCACACUCGUGAUUACUCACCGCCUGUAUCAUAUCGUCAACAUGAGCGCAAUAAGCCUCACUAGAGCACAAAGGCGACGCAAUACUAUCAUUGACCUCUUCGUCGGACUUGGUAUACCCUUGUUGGCUGUGGCAGUUUUCUGGUUCUACCAAGGCCACCGCUUCAACAUCUACGAAGGCGUCGGUUGCAUGGAGGCCUACCCCAACACCUUCCUCUCUAUCCUCCUCAACACCUCCUGGCCGCUGCCCAUCGGGCUGACCUCUGCCGUCUUUGCCGUCCUCGCGCUCCGCGCCGCAUUCGACCGCACCAGAGACCUCAGGCGGCUCACGCUCGUCGAGCCGGGCCUCACAACCAGUCGCUAUUACCGCCUCAUGGCGCUCGCUUUCGCUGACCUCCUCUGCACGAUCCCCCUCACCAUCUACAUGAUUGUCAUCAACACCCGCGCGAACGCGAUGUACACUUACGUCGGCCUCGCGGACCUGCACUCGGGCUUUGGGCGCGUGGACUCCAUCGCGGCCAUCGUUUGGCGCGCGGACCAGGCCGGCGUGGCGGUGGUCAUGUUCAGGAUAUGGACCCCGAUCGCUUGCGCGUUCCUCUUCUUUCUCAUGUUCGGCUUCACCGAGGAGGCGCUGGAGCAUUACAAGAUGGCUAUCUCCUGGGUGGCGGCUCGAUUUGGUUGUGCUCGAUUCCGGAGGCGGCGCGCACCUAGGACGAUGCGUGUUCUCCCGCGUGACGGUCGUGCGUCUGGGCUUUCUCACUACCAGAUCGAGGACUGGGAAGCCAAGGCGGGUCGAAUACCCGGGGAAGAAAUGGCUGGUCUUCCUGUUCUCCCUUCGAAAGCAAACCCGCAGAACGCUCUGCCCCAGUUCUUGCGGGAGUCUCUGCCACCAAUGUACGGGGACGUCCCUCAGCGACCUCCUAGCGUGCAUCUACCUCUGGAAAAACAGCGAACGCUUUACGUCCUACAUCCAACGGCGGGCUUGAACUCAAUGGACAUCUCUCACUUAUAG